GAAAGAGAGAAAAAGCAACAAGCAUGUAACUAAAUAGCAGCAACAUUAAACAUUAAAUUAAACCCGUUGACCGUUUCUUUGCCUCCAAAAUCCAUAACGGUAACCUACCUCUCAUUCUUCCCUUCUUUUUCUCUCUUUCAUUUCCUCUGCCCCCAAACACCGAAACCCAACCACAAACCAAACCAAACCAAAAAUUCAACCCAAUUGCGACUCCAUCCAUCACCCAACCCCUGUUUCCACCCCCCCAAUGCACCGCCAUGGCACGCCGGAAAACGCUGACGAUGGACUGGGACAGCCUCAGCGACGUUGACGACGACGACGCCUUCUUCGAGUCUUACAGCCGCCUCUCCACCGCCGUUCCCGUGGACCUCGCUUCUUCCUCUGACGAUGACGACGAUGACGACGACAAAUUCGACGACCCCCGCAUGUCCUUUGCCUCCGCCGUCUCCUCUGUUCACCCGCGAAAAAACAGAGCCCCUUCCCCCACCGACGCCGACGCCGACGCCGCCCCCGAUUACGGCAUAUGGAUGGCCGCCCCGACCUCAAUCAACGAACGCCGAAAACGAUUGCUCCACGGCAUGGGCCUCGACGACGACAAAGAGUUCUCAAAAAACCCCAGCAUGAAGCUUAACCAAACAAUUUCAAUUAAAGAAUACACUCUUCCCUCCUCCAACAUUAACUCCAAUACCCCCGAGAAAAAGCCAACAAUUUUGGUUACUUCCGCGCCGGUUACCGUCGCACCUCCAAAAUCCUCUGUUUCGGCAGAGAAGAAAACAGAGCACUCUCAAUCCUCUGUUCACAUAGUCCCAGUCCGUUCCCGCUCCGAGGGCGACAUCGAGUUGUUCUCCGUGGAGAGGUCGAGAAAGGAGGAUUUCAUCGGGAAGGUGUCGAAGCAGCGCCUGAGGCGGACCGCCACCGCGGUGGCGAUCCCGCGCGCCCGAACCACAGCCCGAAACCGAGCGAUCACGCGGGACUCCGAAAAACGGAGCGCGGUCAAAGCGGAGGACUCAGCAGUGGGAGCGUUCUUACUGAUAAAGAACCUGGACACGGGAACGGAGUUCAUCGUGAACGAGUGCGGCGAGAACGGAGCGUGGAACAGGCUGAGCGACUUGCGAACGGGGAAGCAACUAACGAUGGAGGAGUUCGAGAGGACGGUGGGGAAGUCGCGCGUGGUGAGCGAGCUGAUGAAGCGCGGCAACACGGACCGCAAGCUCUCCUCGUCGACCUCGUACAUUUCGAGGAGUCUGAGGCUGAGCAAGAAGAGGGGCGCGGCGUUUCUGAAGAACAUAAGAGGCGUGGCGAGCGGGUUCAUCGGGGAGCGCGAGAGGGACGCGGUGCACGUGGUGGCGGUGCCCGAGGCGAGGAGCCAGUGGGUGCGCGUGCGCCAGAGCGGGAAGUCGCACAAGGAGCUCUCGGCGCUGCACCUGUGCCAGGAGCUUCGGGGUCACGAGGGGUGCGUGUGGGCCAUUAAGUUUAGCUUCGACGGGCGGUACCUCGCGAGUGCGGGGGAGGAUAGGGUGGUUCGCUUGUGGGAGGUGCAGGAGUGUGAGGUUAUGUCGUUGCGGCCUGAGGAUGGGAGCCUCACUCCUCUUCACCCCUCGCUGCUUGCUUCUAACGAGUUUUCUUCUCCCUUCGCCUCUGACAAGAAGAAGAAGGGCAAAUUCGGAAGCAAAAGAGGACCUGCUGUUCCUGAAUAUGUUCAUGUUCCGGAAACUGUUUUCUCGCUUUCCGAGAAACCAUGUUGCUCUCUUCGCGGACAUACUGACGAUGUUUUGGACUUGGCAUGGUCUAAAUCUCAGUUACUUCUAUCAUCUUCAAUGGAUAAAACGGUCAGAUUAUGGGAUUUGGAAACUAAGACUUGCUUGAACACGUUUGCCCAUAAUGACUAUGUAACCUGCAUACAAUUCAAUCCAAUCGACGAUGAUUAUUUCAUAAGUGGUUCGCUCGAUACCAAGGUCAGGAUAUGGAGCAUCUCUGAACGCCAAGUUGUGAAUUGGAUUGAUAUCCAUGAAAUGGUUACCGCAGUGUCCUAUACACCUGAUGGUCAGGGUGCUCUUGUUGGUACCCAUAAAGGGAGUUGUCGUACAUAUAGUACACAAGAUUGUGUACUAUCUCAAACAGGCACAAUUGAGCUUCGACACAAGAAGAAAUCUCAACUAAGAAAGAUCACUGGUUUCCAGUUUGCUCCAGGCAAACCAUCACAAGUUCUUGUCACUUCAGGCGAUUCCAGGAUAAAAAUUUUGGAUGGUUCAGAGGUUGUUCAAAAGUAUAAAGGUUUUCGAAAUUCAAACAGCCAAAUUGCAGCUUCAUUUAGUCCAGAUGGGAGAUACAUCAUAAGUGCAAGUGAAGAUUCUCAAGUAUAUAUCUGGAAGCGUGAAGAGCAUCAUAAAAGUGGAGGCAGUGGUAAAGGUAGAAACGUGCUAGUUAUCCGUUCCCAUGAGCACUUCCAAUGCAAAGACGUUUCAGUAGCAAUAGCAUGGCCUUAUACCAUAAGAGGUGACCCCCCAGUAGUGCCAAUGCACCAUUCCAAAAGACAUUCAAAGCGUUUUCAGGCAGCAUCUGGUAGUGGUGGAGAAGACACAGCAUCGCCAUCUGGUAAGAGAACACUUCCACCCCUUCCCAGCAAGAAGUGUGCCUCUCCAAAGGAAGACACAGAUUCAUUUGCAAGCAGCAAGAGACAUCAUGUGCCAUUGUCUCCAAUGAGAGCUAACUGGCGCACCCAAGAUGAAGAAGACCUUGAUGCUAUUUCACGCACAGAUUCAGGAAUUGGUGACUCUUUUAGUUCAGGGUCAUCCUCAGUUAGGUAUGGUGAUUCACCUUCAUCUGCAUCAUGGUCCUCUUCUUAUUCACUAUUGGACACUAGCCAUGCUUCCUCAUCAAUUAUUCCUUCAGCAUGGGGCUUGGUAAUUGUCACAGCCGGGUUUGGAGGUGAAAUCAAAUGUUAUCAAAAUUUGGGGUUGCCCAGAAAGAUGGGCAUGCAACCCCAUCUUUUUGGAGGCCAUAACAGUUUCUCACAUGCCAACACAUAGAACAUUUUCUCAUUUCUUUCCUCCACACAAAACUUCUAUCGUAGACCAUGCAUUAGUCCCCAUCAUAGAGAGACACAUGGGUCUCCUACACUAGUGCCGUCAAACUUUUAAAUGCAGGAUGAAAGCCUCAAUUUUAUAGAGAUUGUUUAUGAGUUAAUCACCUAUAUACUGUCAGUGUAAAAAAAUUUUAUACUAGUAACUAAUUAUA